AUGAUAUUUGGCGGUUUGCGCGCGAGGCAACGAGGCCUCAGUAGUUUGUACCCAUCGGCGCAAAGCGCCGACACGGAAGCACCCCGGCUUCACCGUCGACCGCGCAUCGAGCCGGUUUCAUUACACGAUGGCCGACGAUGGCGACCACGAAACCCUUCGCGUCGGCGACACGUUCCCGAACGUGCGUGCGCACCACGACGCGCCGCUCGCAUCGCUCUCCCCGCGCAGGUGUCGUGCAACACGACCCACGGCAUCAUCACGUCCAUGCACCAGCACUUCGGGUCGUCCUGGGCGCUCGUCGUGACGCAGCCCGAGGAGGGCAACGCCGUGGGCCUGACGGAGCUCGGCGAGCUCGAGCGCAUGAAGCACGAGUUCGCGGCGCGCAAGGUCCAGGUCUACGUCAUCUCCUGCGCGGACGCCGGCGCGAACGAGGACUGGCUCCGCGACGUGCACAGCGCGACGGGCUACAGCGUGAGCUUCCCCGUGAUCCACGACGGCGACUUCGAGAUCUGCAAGAAGCUCGGCAUGAUGCCGCCCGGCGGCGCGCCUGACGACGAGGGCCGGCUCCGGGACCUGCUCCGGGGCGUCUACCUCGUCGACACGGCCAAGCGCGUCCGCGUCAUCAUGCACUACCCCGCGAGCGUCGGCUGGUCCUCCUACGAGAUCCUGCGCUGCUUCGACGCGCUCUUCCGCGCGGACGCGCAGCUCGCGACGCCCGUGAACUGGAUCGCGCGUCGCCCGCGCCCCCCCUGUUUCGCCGCGCGCGCGCGCGACGCGCCGCCGCAGGAGGGCCGCGACGCGUUCCUCCAGCCCGAGGUCGAGACGUCGGACGCGCUCCGCGACUUCCCGCGCGGCCUCCGGUCCAUCGAGGUCCCGAGCGGCCAGGACUACCUCCGGCUCACCGCGGACCCGCGCGACCCGGCGUCCGCCGCGCGCUUCGGUCGCCGACGCGGCGACGCGACGCGACGCGCGCCGUCGUCGACCGCCCCCCGCCGGCAGGCUCAACCGCGACGACCUCGCCAAGGACGGCUCGCUGAAGUUCCGCCGCGGCUCCCGGUCGUCGCUCGACGAGGUGGGCAUCCGCAGCGUCAUGGACACCGCGGGGGGGUUGGAGGCGUUCCGCGGCAGCCGCGGGUCCGGGGACCUCACGGCCGAGCCCGACGAGGCGAGCGCGGAGGUGACCCUCGACGGCGAGGACGACAACACGUUCUCCUGAUGCGCGGGGUAUUCGGUAUUUAA